CACUUUAACUUGCUAGUCUGAAUUUUAACAGUAUCAAAACUGAUUUUCAGGAAAUGUGCAAUACUGCCACUGGUAUUUAUCAAUCAUAGCACGAUAGCUAGAUGCUCGUCUUGGGAUGUCGCGAGUUAGCAUAAUUUACCGUUAGGAUGGCUAGAGCUAUGGCCUAGCAUCCCUUUGCUAGUUAACAGUAUGUCAGUGCUGUUUGACACUAUACUGAGUUUGUUUUGGUGACCCUGUUUGGUAUUUCUUAAGAUCAUGUACAAUAUCCAUACCAGUGUGAAAUAGUGUUGCUAGAGGCCGCAUGUGCGGGUUGACAUAGUGCGUUACGUUAGGAUUACGUGAAGGCUUACUUCUUGUGUUAAGCUGGAUUGUAGGACGGAAAGAAUCAGAACACCUGCAUGUCAAGCUCUUCAUGAUGAGAUUGAAAACAUCCCUUUUGAAGGAGCCCAAACACAGAGAGCUGGUGAGCUGCGUGGGGUGGACGACGGCAGAUGAGCUGUACUCGUGCAGCGAGGACCACCAGAUCCUGCGCUGGAACCUGCUUAACAAUGAGACCAACGUGGUGGUGAACAUGCAGGAGGACAUCUACCCCAUCGACCUGCACUGGUUCCCCAAGAGCAGCGGGGGCAAGAAGCAGGCCCUGGCCGAGAUCUUUGUCCUCACCAGCACAGAUGGUAAAUUCCACCUGGUGUCGAAGACGGGCCGCAUAGAGAAGAGUGUGGAGGCUCACCGCGGGGCAGUGCUGGCUGGACGCUGGAAUUGUGACGGCACCGCCCUCAUCACAGCUGGCGAGGAUGGGCAGAUUAAGAUCUGGUCCAAGAGUGGGAUGCUGAGAUCAACGCUUGCCCAGCAAGGCUCUCCUGUGUACUCAGUGGCCUGGGCUCCAGACUCUGACAGGAUCCUCUACACGUCAGGCAAGCAGCUGAUCAUCAAGCCCCUGCAGCCCAGCUCCAAACUACUGCAGUGGAAAGCCCACGACGGGAUCAUCCUGAGGGUGGAUUGGAACUCUGUCAAUGAUCUGAUACUGUCUGGAGCAGAGGACUGCCGCUACAAGGUGUGGGACUGCUACGGCCGGCUCCUGUACGUGUCGGCCCCCCAUGACUAUCCCAUCACCUCGGUGGCCUGGGCCCCCGAUGGAGAGGUGUUCGCCGUGGGCUCCUUCAACACCCUCAGGCUCUGCGACAAGACUGGGUGGUCGUAUGCGCUGGAGAAGCCCAACACGGGCAGUGUGUUUGGGGUAGCGUGGUCGGCGGAUGGCACCCAGCUGGCGGGGGCGUGUGGAAACGGACACGUCAUCUUUGCCCACGUGGUGGAGCAGCGCUGGGAGUGGAAGAACUUCCAGAUCACGCUCCUCAAGAGGCGCACCAUGCAGGUGAGGAAUGUCUUGAACGAUGCGGUGGACAUGCUGGAGUUCCGUGACCGUGUGGUGAAGGCGUCUCUGGCCCAGGGACACCUGGUGGUCACCACCUCACUGCAGUGCUACGUCUACAGCACUAAGAACUGGAACACGCCGCUCAUCUUUGACCUGAAGGAGGGCACUGUGAGCUUGAUCGUCCAGACAGAGAAAUAUUUCCUGUUGGUGGAUGGAGGGGGUGUGUACGUAUACUCCUACGAGGGCCGACUGGUGUCCUCUCCUAAGUUCCAGGGGAUGCGGACGGACAUCCUGAAUGCCCAGUCCGUCUCCAUCAGCAACGACACCAUAGCCAUCAGAGACAAAACGGAUGAGAAGGUCGUCUACCUUUUUGAUGUUCAGACAGGGAAGCCCCUGGGAGACGGCAAGCCUUUGACACACAAGAUGGAGGUGAUGGAGAUUGCCCUGGACCAGUGUGGGCCGGCUGGCGACCGCAAGAUCGCCCUGAUUGACAAGAACCACGACCUGUACCUGAGCUCCGUCCGCCGCCUCGCUCGCGACCACACCAUCGUCAAGAUAGGCACCAUGGUGAAGACGAUAGCGUGGAACGACUCUGUCAACGUCCUGAGCGGGGUGCAGGACACCCAGUUCACCGUGUGGUACUACCCGGGUGCCGUCUUCGUGGACAAGGACCUGCUGCCAAAGACUCUCCUCACUAAAGAUGCCAGUGACCUGAGCAGCAGCCCCCACAUCCUGAGCUACGUGGGCACGCAGGUGACGGUGCGCCGUGUGGACGGCUCCCUGGUCUACAACGCCGUGUCGCCCUACCCCGCCAUCCUGCACGAGUACGCCAGCACGGCCCGCUGGGAGGAUGCCCUGCGCCUCUGCCGCUUCGCCAAGGACCAGACUCUGUGGGCAUGCCUGGCGGGCAUGGCAAUGGCCAGCAGAGAACUCACCACGGCUGAGGUCGCCUACGCAGCCAUCGGAGAGGUGGACAAGGUGCAGUACAUCAACUUCAUCAAGGAGCUGCCGUCCAAGGAGUCGUCUCUGGCCCACAUGCUGCUGUUCAGUGGCCACCAGCAGGAGGCCGAGGCCACCCUCAUGCAGGCCGGCCUCAUAUACCAGGCCAUCCAGGCUCACCUCAACCUCUACAACUGGGACAGGGCCCUGGAGCUGGCCGUAAAGCACAAAACUCACGUCGACACCGUUCUUGCUCACCGGCAAAAGUUCCUGCAAGACUUUGGCAAAAAGGAGACUAACAAGCGUUUCCUGCAGUACUCCGAAGGGGUGGAGGUGGACUGGGAGAAGAUCCAGGCCAAGAUUGAGAUGGAGCUGGCCAAGGAGCGCGAGCGGGCGGCCACCACCGCGUCCGUCCGGAGCAGCGUAGCCGUCCGACACUGACCUCUCUCCCUCCCUCCCUCCCUAAACACACGUACAAGUACAGUACAAUAACAACAACAGGGCGCUGUGCAGAACCCUGGCAAGAUUCGGUAACACUUAACUUGACGUGUUCCUGCAUAACACAUUCAUAGCAGCUGUUAUAAAGUCUGUACAAAGCAUACAUGAUUGCUUCAUGGCCUAUUCAUGCCAAACCUUUCAUCAACCUAGCGAGCAGAAGGACAGCAACUUGUCAAAAUAAAAAAUUAAACAAAGCGACACUGGGUGUUUUGUUCUGAACCCUCAAUGAUUACUGAUUUUGACAAGUUACUGUCCUUUUGUCUUCCAUGUCUAUGAGAGGUUUGGUAUGAAUGUCUUACGAAACAGUCUUGAAUCAUUCAUGCAAAGCUGCUAUGAAUGUGUUAUGCAGCAACGCGUCAAAUAAAGUGUAACCCAAGGUUCUUCCAAUGGUCUUGUAUAAAAACCUGAUAAACGGACUAAGGCCCAUUGAAUGUAAGGGGUUACUUGGUAGGGCCUGGGUGGGGUUUUUUUGGUGAGAGAAAGCCGGCAGGACAUCACUUUGAUAUAAUCAACCUUAAAAGAGAAGUGGGUCUGUACAGGCGCAGUACAGUGUAGGAUGUUUGUCAGACUGUGGCACUUCAAGGUGAUUUUCAUCCAACCUCACCUUGCAGUAAAGGCACUGGAAGCAAACUCUUCAUUGUUUUUUAAUUUUGAUUCAUGUAUUUCACCUUGGUUCAAAUGGUGGGGAAACGUACAGUGAAGCUUUACCAACAGGUAGAUACCUAUUUUGAAUAAAUGUUUAUCAAGGACGCUGGCCACAGAU